CAUAGUUAUAAUUAAUCCAAAGAUUUUUAAAACUGAUGUGUCUGGUAUAGAAUAAUAUUUUUAAUGAAAUUCUAGUCAGCUUGAUUCCAUUUAUUGUUAAUCAAGAAUUGAGUUAGAAAAAUAAGUUAUUAUCAGAAUUAUUUACCUAAGUUUAUUAUUAAAAUAUUGUUUGUGCUAUUCGAUAUAUAUUUAAAAAUGAUUAAAGAACUAAGCGCAAUUAGAGAAUGCAUUGUAAACACAAAUGUCUCAUUAAAGUCUAUAAUACAGGAUAUAUAUUCUUGUGAAGGACCACUAGAAUCAUUGACACAUUUAAAUGCAAAUGGUAGAAAGCAAAUUAAUAUAUUCAGAAAUUUAAUUGAAAACUUAGAAUUAUAUGCUCGUGAAGCUGAAAACCAACAAGAAAAAUCAGAAGUUUUAGAAGAAGUCCGUAAUCAGAGAGAAUAUUUGACUAGUAAUAUUGCUUCAUUCAGAAAAGCUAAUGUGGAAUGUAUGGCAAGGAUUCAUAAAAAAUCUAGUGAACAAUUAUUAGGUACUAGCAAAGAAGAACAAGUACGACACAAAUUGAAAAUGGAUAAAGAAAAUUUAUUGAAACAAUCAUCAACUGUUACCAAUCAACUAUUAUCUGUUAGUAGACAACUAGCAAAUACAUCUCAGCAAAGUUUGGACACUCUUGAAACUCUUUUAAAAUCAUCAUCAACCGUAUCUAAUAUCAGCAACGAAAUAAAAAACGCUAAAGGUGCAUUAACGCAGUCUGAAAAACUUUUAAACAAAUAUGGGCAGCGUGAAACAACUGACAAAAUUCUUAUUAUGUUUGCUUCUGCAUUUUUUUUUUGUGUAGUUGCUUACAUUAUACAAAAGCGACUUUUCUAAUGUUCAGGACUUACAUUUAAAAAAUGCUUCAUUUUAUUGAUCUUUAUUAAACUUUUUAUGUAUAAAUUGGUAUGGUAUAUUUUGAGCUUUGUGAUAUAUAUUUGUUUUUCUAUUAUGGGUUA